CUCUUUCUCCCUCCCUCCUUUCCCUUCCACACUCAUUUUGACCAAUAGCACAUAUUGGAAGGAUGUAUGUCACAAAGGGUGAGGGUGGGAUAGAAGCCUUAUGUGGGAGAAAAGAAGUAGAAGAUGUUCCCUCUGGGCAUUGGGCACUCAGCAACCUGUGGAGACAGGAGCCUCCUUCCAACCCCUCCCCUUCUUUUCCUCAACACCAACCUGAAGAAGGCUUCAAAACUCAUUGGUUCUCUUAUUUGUAAGCAGGACUUCUUCCAUUGCAUCCUCCUCCCUGCUUUCCUUUGACACAAAAACCUUGACUGGAUAGACAUCUGCAAUCAUGGAGCUGGUAGGCUCUACCUUGACAGCAACCUACGCCCAUCCUAGACCAACCGCAAAUUUCCUGCCAGCCAUCAGCACCAUGGCCUCGAGUUACAAGAACCGAUUCCCUCACUAUGCCCUGACUCACAGCUUGAGUCUUCCUUGGAGACCAAGCACCUACUACAAAGUUGCAGCCAUCACACCAACCUUGGCUCCCUUUUCCAAGAGUUCUCAGGGGCUCACCCCAAGCUGUGCACUCCCCUUUGUCUCCAACAGAACAGCCCUCUUUACUAGAUACACUCCUGAUGACUGGUAUAGGUCUAAUCUGACUAACUACAAGGAGUCAGAGUCAUCCCGGAACAAUGCUGAGAGGCUGAGGGUGGACACUUCCCGGAUGAUUCAAGACAAGGACCAGCAGACCAGGAAAACCCAAAACGAAUCCACCAAAAAUCUGGGACAACGUGUCAAUGACAUAGUGUUUUGGAAAUCAGAGAUCAACCAUGAAAUAGAUGAAAUGAUUGGAGAAACAAAUGCUCUUGCAGAUAUGAAGAAGCGACUAGAAAGAGCCCUGGUUGAAACGGAAGGGCAACUUCAGGUAGCCCAGGAAUGCUUACUUCACCGAGAGAAGAGGAUGGGCAUCGAUCUUGUGCAUGAUGAUGUAGAAAAACAACUAAUGACGGAGGUUGAUGUCAUCCACUCGUGCCAGGAGAGAAUGAGAAGAUACUUUGACAAAAUAAUGGCCCAGCUUGCAGCUGAUAGGGCAGCCCAGCAUGAGCUGGAGAAAGACCUGAGUGACAAGCAAACAGCUCACCGAAUCGAUGACAAAUGUCACCAUCUGAGGAACACAUCUGAGGGCAUCAGCUAUUAUCGGGGCGUGGAGCGAGUAGAUGCUACAGAAGCAAUUAGAAAGCCAUCAGGGGGAAAGGGUGUGCCUUGAAGGUUGGCCCAAACUCGCCUAGAUGAACGUAUACGGAGACCCAAUGUAGAACUCUGCCGGGACUCUGCCCAGUUACGCCUUGUUAACGAAGUGUAUGAAAUUGAUGACACAAUCCAGGGGCUUCAGCAGAGGCUGAGAGAUGCAGAAGAUAUCCUCCAGGCUCUGGUUCAUAACAAAGCCAACCUGGAGCAUGACCUUGCCGUCAAAGCAAAUUCACUCUUCAUUGACCAGGAGAAAUGCAUGGGGAUGCGGAAGACAUUUCCCAACACACUGCGGCUGGUGGGGUACACAUAGGAAGGAGCUGACUGCGAAGACAUCUGAGGGAAUUUAGGAACUACCUAAAUAAUAAAAAGUGUGUCUAGGGAGGUUUGCUCUGUUGCACUUUUAUGAAGUUUUAUUUUUGGUGAUAUGUCUAUAUUUUCAUUUAUUAAAGAAUGCU